AUGGCAUUCGACAAAGGCGGUAGAGGCGGUGGUCGUGGAGGUGGAAGAGGUGGUGGCCGAGGUGGAGGCCGAGGUGGUGGUGGUGAUAGAUCUGGUGGUGGAAGAGGCGGUGGUCGUGGAGGUGGCCGAGGUGGAGGCCGAGGAGGUGGAAGAGGCGGUGGCCGAGGAAGAGGAGCACCAAGAGGUGGUGGUCGUGGAGGAGCCAGAGGAGGAGCAUCAGCAGGAGGAAAGAAGGUCAUUGUAGAGCCUCAUCGUUUCGAGGGAGUCUAUGUCGUUAAAGGAAAAGAUGAAUCCAUUGCAACACUCAACAUGGUUCCAGGUGAAUCUGUCUAUGAUGAAAAGAGAGUUACAGUAGAGAAGGGAUUUGGAGAAAAUGUUCAAAAAGUAGAAUAUAGAUUAUGGAGUCCUUUCCGUUCAAAGAUUGGAGCCGCUAUUGUUGGUGGUAUUGAGAAUAUCUACAUCAAACCUGGAACUAAAUUGUUAUAUUUGGGUGCUGCCUCAGGUACUACGGUCUCUCACUGCUCAGACUUGGUCGGUCCCGAAGGAAUGGUCUACGGAGUUGAAUUAUCAGAACGAUGUGGUCGUGAUUUGAUUGAAAUGUCCAAGAAGAGACCAAAUAUUGUUCCAAUCAUUGAAGAUGCUCGUCAUCCAUUGAGAUACAGAAUGUUAGUGGGUGCUGUGGAUACUAUUUUCGCAGACGUUGCUCAACCAGAUCAGGCCCGUAUUGUUGCUCUUAAUGCCAAAUACUUUUUGAAACCUGGUGGUCACUUUGUUAUUUCUAUCAAGGCUAACUGUAUAGAUUCAACGGUUGAAGCUGAAGUAGUGUUUGCUAGGGAAGUGGAACAACUCCAACAAUUUGGUUUUACUUGUGAGGAACAAUUGGAUUUGGAACCUUUUGAACGUGAUCACUGUAUGGUUGUUGGAACCUUGGCUGCUGGUAGCUCCAUAGAGUUUUAA